AUGGAUUCUGAAGAGGGCGAUGCUCUCCGGUCACUUACGAUAGGUGACGAGGAGUGCAUUGCUGCCCAUUCGGUUGCUAUGGAUGCGGGAGACGAUGAUCUCAGCCAGCUGGUUACGGUAGAUGAUCCAGCUGGCGACGCAACCCGUUCAGCUACGGUAGAUGUCAAAGAGGGCAAUACAGCCCAGCCGAUUACGGUGGAUGGUGAACGGAGCGAUGGUGUACAGGUGGUUACGAUGAGCGCUGAGAAAGCUGAAGAGAGCGAUGCUGCCCAGUUGGUUAUGAUGGCCGAGUCCGUUAUCACAGAAAAUGAAGAAUGCAGUAUUGGCCAGCCA